GAUGAGAACUAUAGAUAUCGGGUUAUCGUGACGGAUACUGAUGUAGUGCUAAUCAUACGAAACAUCUCUGUAAUUACAGAUGGGUGUUAAUCAGAGUUCAAUUACGGAAUAUUGAGUGUACAAUUUAUGGUGUUAACAUGUGAUGGGAUUUCCUAGAUAGCGUGAAGCAAGCUCAGUGAAGAGGAUUUAAAAGGGUCAUUUUUAAUUAGAAAAAGAUCGAAAGGAUCAGGAAGCGAUGAAACCGGAAAUUGGCCAGUUACCAUAGUCACGUAGUUAGGACAUUAACCGGUAGCAAUGGCAACGGUCGGAAGUGAAACGAGAACGCGAACACAUCUUCCGGAUAUAUUCAGAACCAUAAAUGGGAUUAGCCUUGACCUGGGACCUUUCGAUCGCCUGCGUAAUGGUAAGCCGCCGGGCAUUGCGGGAAGCGAGGUUAUAUACGAAAAGCCGUCACUUCCGUGGAGCUAUGGUAGGCGGAUCGACGACGUCGGUAUGAGCGCCGACGGAGUUGCAACCGGCUUAGCUUCCGGUGGAAUGUGCCCAAGAAUCAUAUUACGCGACGCUCUCGGGCGUGAACUCGAUACGUUCACGACGCUUCAAGAGGCGAUCUACCGCGCCAAAUGGAAUGUUCAGCAGACUGGACAGGCGAGGGUUCCGCUGGAGUGGCGACUACCGAAGGCGCCUCCCCCGGCACGACCGGAUUUGACGCGAACAUUCCCGCCUCUCAAGCAUCCGCCGAUCGUCCAUGAUGUCGGGACCAGAGAGCGACCAGAAUUCAGCCAUUCCAGGGUUCUCGAAUUCGAUGUGGAAGAUGUGGGGUUUGUGCGAGAGAGUCUUCAGUAUCUACCAUAUGCUCCGUCCUUGUCGUUCUUGCGCCAGGAGUUACUGGUGGGACCAAAGACGUACUUCCAGAUCGUUGGAACGUUGCUCCUUCACAAACGCAUUCUUACGCAAACUGAAAAGAGGAACGCCAUCUAUAACUUCCCAGGCCUCUGCACUGGCUGUAUGCGUAUGGGACUGUGCUAUGGAUGUCAGAAGAAUCCACAGUUGCACUACCACGAGGACAGGCCAGUUCGCACCGGAGGUGGGUUCACCUACUUCAAGAAAGAUCGCCCUGAAAAUGAAAUCUCUGCCAAGCAUCCGAUGAACUGGAAGAUCAAGCACCCGGAACAAGCCUUGAAAAUGCUCAUGGAAGAGUAUGCAGGUGUGGAGCUGGAGGGAGCCCUGUCAGAUGAGGUUAAGCGUCACCUGGAUCUGCAACACCGCACCAAGGGGCACACUGAUGCCCCUGUCAGGUCCACCAUACCUGACUUUGCUGCUGAGAUGAAAAAAUUACUCAGUAAAGGCGAAUUGAGAGAUGGUGUUCUCUCAGACGACCAUGUAGCAAUUGCUGGUGACCUCAAAGGUGACCUUGAAGGUGAAGAUCAAUCAGGAAAGAGGGACCAUGGUAGGGGUCAUCAUCCAGGGGAUGGAGAUGGGGCUGAAUAUGGUCACGGUCAAGGUCAGGAGGGUGGCACUGAAAGUGACCUUGAGGGUUACCAAGGUCACUAUGGCUCAACUGUGGAGAGUGAGAUGGAACAGCAUGAAAGGAUGGCUGUUCCAUCACACAGCGAUCAACCCCAGAGGAAGAAAAAGAAGAGACAUGAUGGAAAGGACACUUCUGAGGCCAUCGAAGAUGAAGCAAAAAGAGAUCACAACUAUGACGAAGAUGGGAACCGCAUUCGUAAAUACAGAAAGAAUGAGUCAGGAGAAAGGGUCACUGACACAGAUUCCAGCAAUGAAGAUACUGAGGGUGAAACAACCAGCCGUGGACGUAGAAAGCAACGACUUUAUAAAACCCCGCCAGCGUUCAAGCUGAAGAAGUCUCCAACGAGGCGUAUUGAGGCUCGGUCUCCAUUCAGCACGGACAGGAAGUACACCCUACCAAAGGGCAAGGGGCUAGAUAUCAAGAAGAGUGACAAGAAACUGACAGAGUUCAAGGACUUCAAGGGGGGCGAUGUCUCCUGGAAGGAACCCAAGAAGUUUGAGCUCAAGAGGAAGGACACGAAAACUACCAAGUUCUGGUCAGGUCCUCCAAAAUCACAUGCAACAAAGGGCACCAAGAGUAAUUCACCUGCUCGACAGGCCCACAGAGUUCCUUCCCCUAGGCCUGUGAUCUCCCCUGACUCUGGGCUGGACAGCGAGCUGCUCACAGUUUUGAGAAAGGCUCAAAAACGCAGACCAAAAAGUCGUAAAAAGUCUUCAAAAAACAAAAUCAUCCUGCAAGAAGACAUCAUGUCAUUCCCAGCCAAUACAAAACAAGCUGUAGCUGUAUCAGCCAAUCAGAAUCUUGCUGUGAAAGAAUGGCAGAGCCAAUCAGAUGAGGCCAGCUCAGAAACAACCAAUCAGACCUUUUUGGACAACUUCUAUGAUACUGCUACACAGUAUUAUACAAAUGAGAAAAUGUCUGAAAAUUGGAACAAAUUGAAAUCAAGGAAAAGCAAAAGAGGAACAUCAUUUUUACCACCAUUAUUUGCAGAAACAGAUACCACCAACAGAUCAGAGCUAGAGCCAGUAAGGGAGGAAACUCUGAUCACUCCUACACCUGAACCAGUCAUGGAGAGAGAGCCGACACCACAGCAAAAUCUACAGGUGAAAUCACCAGACACAUGUCGCUCAGUGACACCACCCAAGAAGAAAGAGAUUGUUAAGAAGGAAAAGAAGGAGAAGAAGCCUAAAACACCAGAACUGCCCCCUGAGCAAACGGAAGAUGAGCAGCCCUCCCCAACCCCGGUAUCCAAGGCAACCACCCCCACACCCCAGCCCUCCGAGGAAUUCCACUCAUCAAGGGAGGCAAGCUUUAUCCGGGAGCCCAGUGUACCAGAGUUACCUCCCAUUGAGAUCCCAGAGUUACCUGAAAUCCCUGAAAAGAAGCGGUACGAGUCAAAGGUUGUGAAGAAGGAGAUGAAGCUGAUAGAAGUGACCCCAGAACUUCCCCCUGAGAAGAAGAAGCUGCCCCCUCCUCCGAAAAUACGACCCAGCUACAAGCCGUCUCCUGCCUCGCGGAGAUCCAAGGUUGCAGAAGCUCCAGUCACCAUUCAGGAAGUGAGAAUGCUGUCUGACCCACUGGACUUCUUGGCAAAAUACUGCAUAAUCAAGUAA